UCACCGAGCAAAUCCUUGCCAUCUGACGCGGAGGAUUUGUAGGUUUAGGAUAAAAUGCUUGCCCCCCUCCUCUGUGAGAUUAAAAUCCGUGACAUCCAUGCAGCAUAUAGAUCCUCACCAUGUGUGCAGCGCGGAGCGGUGAGAGCGGGAUGCGGUGUGGAGGUAACCUGCAGUUCUGAGACUUUUGGAGAGGUCUGCGGACGCUGGAGGACACCAUGCACACGGAUGUGGUGCUGCUCAGCCUGAUGGUUUGGAUGCUCGGUGUGUCCGCAAGACAGAGAGGAGAGAAGCUGCAGCCUCACAGGCUCCUCAGGUCAAGAAGAGAAAUGCCUCUCACGGAGGGAUCCAGCCACAGGAUCGGCAGGCCGAUGUUGAAGAGGAGUCCGGACAUCACUAAAGCCUGGGGACCAAAGUCUGAGCAGCUGCUAAGGAUAGACGACCAUGACUUCACCAUGAGACCGGGCUUUGGAGGUCCUGCUGUCCCAGUCGGAGUGGACGUCCAGGUUGAAAGUCUGGAUGCUAUUUCAGAGGUUGAUAUGGACUUUACAAUGACCCUGUAUCUGAGGCACUACUGGAAAGACGAACGCCUCUCCUUUAAGAGCAACAAGAACCAGAGCAUGACCUUUGACGGACGCCUGGUGAAGAAAAUCUGGGUACCUGACAUGUUCUUUGUCCACUCAAAGAAGUCCUUCACACAUGACACCACCACCGAUAAUGUCAUGCUGCGAGUUUACCCCGAUGGAAAAGUCCUCUACAGCCUCAGGGUGACAGUCACUGCCAUGUGCAGCAUGGACCUGAGCCGCUUUCCUCUUGAUACACAGACAUGCUCUUUGGAGAUUGAGAGCUAUGCGUACACAGACGAUGACCUGAUGCUGUACUGGAAAGAAGGAAACCGAUCACUCAACACAGAUGAGAGGAUUUCUCUCUCUCAGUUUCUGAUUCAGGAGUUUCACACCACCACCAAGCUGGCCUUCUACAGCAGCACAGGCUGGUACAACCGUCUGUACAUCACCUUCACUCUGCGCCGCCACAUCUUCUUCUUCCUCCUGCAGACGUAUUUCCCCGCCACCCUCAUGGUCAUGCUGUCCUGGGUGUCAUUCUGGAUCGACCGCAGGGCCGUUCCUGCCAGAGUACCACUAGGUAUAACCACGGUGCUCACCAUGUCCACCAUCAUCACAGGAGUGAACGCCUCCAUGCCUAGAGUCUCCUACAUCAAAGCUGUGGACAUUUACCUCUGGGUCAGCUUCGUCUUUGUCUUUUUGUCUGUGAUAGAGUACGCUGCUGUCAACUAUCUGUCCACGCUGCAGGAACGCAAGGAGAGGAAGCUCAGAGAGAGGCUACCAUGCACAUGCGGUUUGGCUCAUCCUGGCAUGAUGUCAGCCAGCUACAGUGAGGUGGACGCCAACACUACAGGAAACUACGGCAUGCCAGAGGAGAACGGCGUGAAACGGGAGAGGAUGCUGGUGCAGAUGGCGAUGGAGAGCGACCAGAUCACUGGCCACGUGGGCACCAGCGCCUACAGCAACGUCUGGAUCGACACUCACGUCAUAGACAAAUAUUCCAGAGUCCUUUUUCCUGGAUCAUACAUCCUCUUCAACAUCAUCUACUGGUCCAUCUACUCCUAACACAGACUCCUGAGGUUCAAUAAGCUCUGAACACUUGGUGGUAAAGUGUCAAAGUCUGCCUCCAGACUCGUCAGUGAAUACCAGACACUCUCAGAGAAGGCUGGAGAUUUGAGCACUGAACUUCUGGAUUUUAUCUCCUAAGAUAUGAAGGAAAUGGAGCUGUCCAUCAUGAAAAAACUGCUCAGAAAUAGACUUUUUUGAAUGCCAGAAACAGUUGGAUUCAUGCUCAAUACAUCAGACUCCAGAUUCCCCAGAGGACCAACUAGAAGAGUCUCAGUGGAUUAAACAAAGCUGAAACUUUCAUCAGCCAGUAAAACACAACAAUUACCCUCUGUGGCUUCAGCAUGGGGCUGUUUUUGUACUUUGAUGUGAACUUAAAUGAUGUCAAACACAUGCUAGGAAGCAGCUAUGGCUGUAAACUUCUGAAUUUUAAAGUUUCUAAUGUGUUUGUCAGGGAUCAGGGCUUGGUAAACUUUAUUCAAGGGCUUGAAUGAGAUUGUAGGCCGAGCUUCAGUUUUUUUAACGUUGGUUUUACUGUCUCUGUUAAAUCCGAGGGCUCUAUUUCAGGCCAUAACCAAACUACAUUUAUUUUAAAUAAGGGUUUUAUGAUGACAGUGAUCCGACCUCUGCAUCAGUACCACUGAGCAUGUGACUGCUGGUAGAAAAAGUUUUAUUAAAAAGAGGAAGUGGAGAUUCAACUCAAAAGAUCUCACAGAAACGUGCGAUCAAACGAAUUUGAAAAAGAAUUUCUAAAAUUACCUAAAAAACAAAAAAUUUAAAAGCAACCCCCCCUGAAAUUUAAAAAAAAAAUCCCCAAAAUUACCAAUACACUUCCCAAAGGUACACAAAAAAUGCAUUAAUAUAUCCAAACUCUCCCAAACAUCCAAAAAAUGUCCCAAAGUCCAUGAAAAUAUUCAAACUUUCACUUUGCAAAACUUCCAAUGAAACUCAGUUAAACCAAAAAAUCUAUGAAAACUAGUAAAUUUGCUAGUUAUCUUCCCAAAAAUAACCAGGAAACUUUCUAAAAGAUUAAUUGCAAAUUCUCUCAUUUCUUUCCAAGUCAAUUACUUAAUUUUCAGUGGACACUUGACAAUAUGAAAAAUGCUCAUAGUUGGAUCUUAGGAGGUUAAGCUACUUAUGUGUCCCCAAAGAAGAGAAAAAUUCAGACAAACAUGAAGAAAAGAGAUGAAGGUAGAAACGUCUGCAGGCCUGGAUGAGUGGUGUGGCACAGCGCUGCAGUUGUGUGACAUCUGUGGUUUAGUUAUCAUGGUUCAGCACAUUUAACUUUGAUCUUACCUGUUUUCUUCUGCUGAUGUCCAUCCAGCCUUGCUUAUUUUACUGUUAAAUACAUCAUACAUACACUGAACAGCUCUUCAUGUGGCUUUUUAAAAGUCGUAGGUCACCUAGGCCUAUAUUCCACACAAGUAAAAAAUGCUUCUUCAGGUGACAUCAAGGAGACUACACCCACACAUUGACCAGUGGUUUCCAGCGUCUGAGGUCUGGGACCCCCUGGAGGGUUGUCAGAAAUCUCAUGGGGGGCCCAAGGCUUGGUCUGCUUUGAGGUUUUCAACAUUAGAUUUUCAAAUAUUCAGUAAAAUCAUGAUAAAACACUUAGCCAUUUAUAAAAUGGAACAUUUAGUCUAUACUUGUGGAUUCUUUGUGGAACAUUUUAGAGCUUCAGGAUACGUUUACAUCAGUCAGUGAUCUGAACCACCUGAAACAAAUGCAGAGAUUGAGAAUAUAAGGGGAUUCAAGCUUUUAGACCAGUUGGGACAUUUUUGAAAGUCAUGUGAAAUUUAAGUGCAUCAGCAGAAUCUACAGUCACAGGUCGUUCUUAUUCUGAGAUAUAAAAUAAAAUAUGGCAUGAUAAUGUGCUGUACACAGACGCUGAAUUUACGCACAUGGUGAAUCUAUGAAAAGAUUUCCCGUUCAUGUUUUACAGCUGCGUUUUUAAGAGUGGCACCUGAACCAUUUUAUUGAAGAGUUUUCUCCUUUUUGUGGCUCAGUCUUUGUGUUAUGAAGAUUUUGGUAAUAUUAACACAUAGUUAAUGUUCAUUAUGCAGUAUAGCAGGUGCUGUCAAUAAUGCUUUUUUUUUCUCUGUGAGUAACAUCUUCAGGUUUUCAUAGUAAAAGUCACAAAACGAUCAAUAAAACUUUAUUAGCGUGCAAGAAUUUUCACUUCAC